CCGAAUCGAUAACAGAAGGGGACAUGAUUUCAAAUCUCAUCGAAAGACAGCUAUAGUCACGUUAUUCUUCUUCGGAUAUGCUGUGACUCUAAUCAUUCACAGUAUUUGCCGCUCGGAAUAAGGGAGAUUUUUAUCUUCCAACAAGUGUCGGUCAGAUGAUAAUCAACAAACGCAACUACCACCAGCUCAUUUCUGUAUAUCAGUAUGUCACACUGUCCGUGGUAAUGUAAUAGUAAAUUUGGUGCAAACGCAAAUCAACCCGUGACUUUGGUGUGGACGGUUCUACUCAUCGUUCGCUACACUGAAGCAGUCGCAGUACUCGGUUUUCGCUUAAUUCGAUCAUAUCCUGUUUUGGUUUAUUCUACGCUAAGAUUCCCGGGAUUUGUUUAGCAUGGCCAGCAACACUCAAGGAAUUCAGCAGCUGCUGACCGCGGAAAAGAAGGCUGCCGAAAAAGUCGGAGAGGCUCGCAAACGUAAGACACGUCGCUUGAAGCAAGCCAAGGAUGAGGCCACCGAUGAGAUUGAGAAGUACCGCGUCGAGCGGGAAAGACAGUUCAAGGAUUUCGAAGCGAAGCACAUAGGUUCCCGCGAGGGAGUCUCGAAUAAAAUUGACGCCGACACCAAGAUUCGUAUCGAGGAGAUGGCCCGUGCUUUCAACGCAAAGAAGGAACCAGUCGUUCAGGAGGUACUACAGUGCCUGUAUGACAUCAAGCUGGAGGUACACAAGAAUGUCCACGCUUGAGCACGGACAUAUUGGAUCGACACAAGUGCGCUGCACGUACGACGGAACGGCAACGUAAAGAAACUUCAAACAUUUUGGAAAUAGCGUGGCAUUCUCCUACAUCAUCAACGGCCACAUCGAUGUCGGCAAGACAUGUCCGAGAGUUGUUCACAUAACGUUGACGUUCACGUUGUAUAUGUAGCGCUCUAUGUACGGUAUAACAACGUCAUCAGUAACAGUUGAUUUUCACAUAUAAACGCAUUCCAUUUGUUUUUCCUCUGUCGUUGUGUUUUAUAAAUUUUACUGAAAUCGCUCGGAAUGAGUUGAAGGAUUACUUAAACAUUGUUUAGUAUUACUGUAAAUAAGAUCAUGUAAGAAAGGAAACGCUUAGUUUAAAAAAUAUAGUUACAUACACCCCAA